CAUGGAGGUCAACAAGAACCAGAGCGAUGUCAGCUACAGGAAAGGCAAAGAAGAGCUCCAUCACUACAACACAGUGCCAGACAGACCCGACAUCGUCAACGCCACCAACGCUGCGAAACUGGCCAGUGACGUGGCCUAUAAGAGUAACACUAAGCAGCCUGUUUACAGCGACGGCUCUUUGUUGGCCAGAACUGAUAUCCAGCACGCCAAGGAGGUUUCAAAGCUGUCCAGCCAGGUGAAGUAUAAGGAGAGCUCUGACAGGCUUUUAAAGGGCCAGAGGCCUCGUUACAACCCACUCGACUGUCUCUCCUUCAAACACACACAAGCUGCUGCUGCUCUGGCCAGUCAGGUGAAGUAUAAGACCAACCAGAACCAGAGACCAGAAGGAUCCUCAGACCUGCCGAACCUCCUGCAGCUGGAGCACGUCCUGCACGCCAGCAAACUGCAGAGCAACGUGGAGUACAAGAAGAAGUACGAGCAAACAAAGGCCCACUACCACGUCGCUCUGGACACGGCUGAACAGCUCCACCACAGGGAGAACGCAGUGCUGCACAGCCAGGUGAAGUACAGGGAGGAGUAUGAGAAGAACAAAGGUCGCUCUCAGAUGGAGUUUGGAGAGACGGAGACGUACAGAGUGUCGAAGGAAGCGCAGAAGAUGCAGAGCGAGAGGGAGUAUCGGAGGGACUAUGAGGAGCAGAUGAAGGGGAAAGCCUUGGUGGACGUGGACCAGACGCCUGGAUACCUGACAGCACGCCAUGCCAGCAGCCUGCUGAGCGAGAAGGAGUACAGGAAAGACCUGGAGCAGGAAGUGAAGGGGCGUGGUUUGUCCGGCAUCGGGCUGGAGGAAACACCAGAGCUGCUGAGGGUUAAAAAAGCCAAUCAGAUACUGAACCAGAAGGAGUACCGCAGGGACCUGGAGACAGAGAUUGUGGGCAAAGGCAUGGAGCUGAGCGCUGACGUCCUGGACAUACAGAGAGCCAAGAGAGCGUCAGAGAUCCAGAGCCAGAGGUCUUACAGGCAGACGGAGCAGCUCCGAGAAAACUCCUACGGGACAGUUACAGACACUCCUGAACUGCUGCAUGCAUCCUACCUCAGAGACGUCUACAGUCAGAAGAAGUAUAAGGACGAGGCCGAGCGGCUGAAGGGCAGUUACAGUCUCGUAUCUGAAACCCCAGAGAUGGAGAGAGUCAAAGCCAACCAGAGACACAUCAGCUCUCUGCGGUACUGCUGGGACUCCAAGCUCAUGAGAGGCCUGAUGUCCUCAGUCACAGAGACGCCGGAGAUCGUCCUCGCCAGAGAGAACGCCAAGAGGAUCAGUGAUGUCCAGUACAGAGAGGAAGUGGGUCGUGGCACCGCCGUCAUGGACACACCUGAGAUGGAGCGAGUCCGACGCAACCAGGAGAACAUCAGCUCGGUUAAAUACAGGCAGAGUGCAGUGAAGGCCACCAGCGUCGGCUCGACCCCGGAGCUGGAGAGAGUCCGACAGAACCAGGAGAACAUCAGCUCGGUGAGGUAUCAGCGCGGGCUGCAGGAGGUGAGGGGGCGGAGCUGCACCGAGCUGGACACACCUGAGUACAGGCGCGUCAGGAGGACGCAGGACUCUGUCUCCAUGGUAGCGGCCAGGUUGCCGUGGCUCCCACCUGGGCUGUGGGAGGAGCUAAUGUGUGUAUUAACUCAUCACAGUGAUAUCCACUCUGAUGUGUAUGUGUGCGCUGGUUUUGCUGCUCAACAGGCCAAGUACCACGAGGACUUUGAGCGGGCGCGCGGCCGAGGCUGUACGCCGGGACUGGACGAUCCCAGCAUGGAGCGCUACCAGCGAGCCAAUCAGAUGAUGGGAGAGGCGGGCUACAGCAAAGGCAUCCACUCCCAGGGGAUGGAGAUGGACAGACGACCAGGAGGGAUCAUUGUAGCUCCCGUCCUUCCAGGAGCGUACCAUCAGGGCGUCCAGAUGCAGCAUCAGCAGCAGUAUCACGGUUACAUGCACCAAACCAGCAUGUCAUCUGUCAGAUCCGUCACCUCCCCGCCACACUCAGCCACCAUGCGUGUUUACCGGGCGCUGUACGACUAUGCGGCUCAGGACCACGACGAGGUCUCGUUCAGGGACGGCGACGUCAUCAUCAACGCUCAGCCCAUCGACGAGGGCUGGAUGUACGGCACCGUGCAGAGAACCGGCAAGUCCGGCAUGCUGCCGGCAAACUACGUGGAGUGCUGCAACUAAAGGACGGAGGGAGGAGAGGAGAGAGGGAGUGGAGAUGGAGGUCAGGCAGGGGUGAAAGUUAGAGGAAAAAAAUCAAAAAUCAGACGUCACUGAUGUGCAUUUCAAGGUUAUUUGGCUGUUUGGUGUUUGUUUCUUCUUCCUGUGGAAAACUCACAAACAAAGUGACGUCACGUCCAGAUGUUUUCAGCAGCUGUUUGAGAGGAGAGAAUCACUCUGAACAGUCAGUAUCAACAGAUAAAAGACCAGGAUGCAGCAACAAGACAAGGUCUCUAACUUGUUACUGAAAGGCAUUUUGGGAAACGUAGUCCAUCACCAACUAAAGGAGAAGUUGUGUAAAUAGAUUGACUCAGAUAUUCUUCAGCACAGAAUAACUGCUGGAAUACACUGAACAUCACAGGCUGAUAUCAGGUCACAGAAGGUGUGAGGGAGGAGGAGGAAGGAAGCAGGUGGAGGAAUAAAUCUAGCAUGCUGUCCAUAAGUUAUGUCACAUUUUAGGGAAUGACAGAGGAGGGAUGCAUGAAGAAAGGAGGAAGGAACGAUUAGAAACAUCUGUCACUUCACUGUAGAGGAGGCAAGAAAAGACAGGAGCGUAGACUUCCUCUAAAUCCUUCAGUAUUAGAACCAGAGGAAGGAAGGAGGGAGGUUUAUCCACUGGUUCACAUUCAAACUGAAUAUGAAUAAAAUCAAAGAUAAAGUUCAAACAGGUGGAAGUUCAGUCUGAUUAUCAGGCUGGGAAGUUUACAAGAACAAGUUUAGUGAUGUUUAAUGUUUUCUUCUUGUUAACUGAAAAUGAACAGAUCAGAACCUAACUACACACACCAGAGCACCAAAUGUGGAUUCAUCCGCUGCUGAAAAUAGUCCCUAACAAAUGCAGGAAAUCACUGAGCUUUUAUUUCAAAGUAAAAAUAGAUGUCUGUGAAGAUUUGAGCCUCAGUAGCAGCAGAUCUGGGUUGUUGGUUUUUGUUGACAGAAGGAAACUACAGAAUAUCACCAGACUUAUUCUUUAAGAAAAGGAGCAGAGUUUAGAUCUGACGUCUGUCUUUAAGAGAUGAGUGAGGAACGAGGGAUGAACUCGAAGCGAUGUCACCAAAGGAAGGAGGGAGGACAGAGGGACGAGUGGAGGAAUUAAAGACAGUAACAGGUUUAAAGAUCUCUGGAGCUGAAUGAUUUAUUUAUGUGUAGUUUAGUUCUGACUUGUGAUUUAGUCCUCUCCAGAAAGAGACCGAUCACAGGGCACAGCUUCAGUUUAAACAGCAGCACUAACCUCGGUGUUUGUAAAGGAAUUAACUAACACACUGUGUCUUUCUGUUUCUCCUAUCAAAUCAUUUCUUUUUCUUCUUAUUAUUAUUGUUAUUUUAACUCUAAAUAAAGGUUUUCACAUCGUGUGCUGUCCAGGUAACUGCAGCGUCGCCUCCACACACACAGUAACAGUUAAUGUGGACUGAAACCUGAACAGACUGUUUGAUUCACGGCUCCUGUCUGUGCUUUGAAAGCUGUCGUUCACUCUCUGACCUGUGUGUAUCCAGUACGUCGUGUUGUUAGGGUUGGUCGUCUCGCUGUGUGGAUCGCAUCCCGGUCACGUUCUGAAUAAAAACUUCACUCGGCCACGAGCUGUCGAUUCCAGCUGGAGAGCAUUUUGCAUUUUGUGUGUAUGAUUUCAUAAAUAGACGCAGCAGAAUAUAAUUUACUGAGUAUUGGUAUGUUAACUGUGUUGGUUUGGGAAGAGGCUUGGUGUUAUUUUCUACAUUCUCUUGCAUUGAGGAGUUUUGGCUGAUUUAGUCUGUAUGUCAUCACAGAUUAUACUGAGUUUAUUUACAUUUUAUUUCAGAUUCUAUGUCACUCACUCUCAGUUCUGUCCUUUUGCCACAUGGUUAUUGCAGUGUGUUACAUAUGGGAGAAAUAAAAACCAAUGAAACAGAAA